GUGGGGGCGGGGGAGAAGGGAGGCCGCCGCCGCCGCUCGCGCUAGUUCCGCGCCGCCACCGUGGCCAUGAUGAUCCACGGCUUCCAGAGCAGCCGCCAGGACUUCUCCUUCGGGCCAUGGAAGCUGACGGCGGCCAAGACGCACAUCAUGAAGUCGGCGGAUGUGGAGAAAUUAGCUGAUGAGCUACAUAUGCCAUCUCUUCCUGAAAUGAUGUUUGGAGACAAUGUAUUAAGAAUCCAACACGUUUCUGGCUUUGGGAUUGAGUUCAAUGCGACUGAUGCUUUAAGAUGUGUAAACAACUACCAGGGAGUGCUUAAGGUAGCAUGUGCUGAAGAGUGGCAAGAGAGCAGGACGGAGGGCGAACACUCCAAAGAGAUUAUUAAACCAUAUGAUUGGACCUAUACAACAGAUUACAAAGGAACAUUGCUUGGUGAAUCACUUAAGUUAAAGGUUGUGCCUACAACAGAUCAUAUAGAUACAGAGAAAUUGAAAGCCAGGGAACAGAUAAAAUUUUUUGAGGAAGUUCUGUUGUUUGAAGAUGAACUUCAUGAUCAUGGAGUGUCCAGCUUAAGUGUGAAAAUUAGAGUGAUGCCUUCUAGCUUUUUCCUGCUAUUGAGAUUUUUCUUAAGAAUUGAUGGUGUGCUCAUCAGGAUGAAUGACACAAGGCUCUACCAUGAGGCCGACAAGACUUAUAUGUUAAGAGAAUACACUUCAAGAGAGAGCAAAAUAGCAAAUUUAAUGCAUGUUCCACCAGCCCUCUUUACGGAGCCUAAUGAAAUAUCACAAUACCUACCUGUAAAGGAGGCAGUCUGUGAGAAGCUGGAGUUUCCAGAAAGAAUCGAUCUUAACCUUGUGGCUACACAGGAAAAUACAGGCAUGGAAUCUAAAUAAAAUGUCAUACAAUAUGA